AUGGCCGACAGUUCUGCAACAGAGAAGACGAGACGUUCAUUUGAGUUUGACGAUAUUUUUGAACACGUAUCCUCCUUUGGAAAAUACCAAAAAAUCUUAUACUUCUGCACUUUAUUGUUUGUUUUUCCAGUAACAAACCAGUUCUCUUUGUUAGUGUUUGGUUUUGGUACUCCUAAGUUUCAGUGUGUCACACCAAAUGUCACGUGCGAGGCAAGGAAAUGUUGUGACGGAUGUCACGCUUAUGAAUUUAUGGGACCUCUUCAGAGCACCGUGUCUGAGGUAAAACUUUUUUCUGGGGAUGAGGAGGGGGGGGGGGGUGAACAGUGGCUUAGCCAGGCCAAACAUGUACGUGUGGCCAUGUGUGCAGGCAGGCCAACAAACGGAUAGGCAUACACGCAGGAAGUGAGACGAGCAUAUACACGGGCUGACAAACAAGCAAAUGAUCUGAUAAACAGACGGACAAAGAGGAAGGCGAAGAACUAACAUGAAGGCAGACAGACAUUGAGGCAGACGGACAGAAGGUUGACCUAGGAUUAUUUCAAUUAAAUAAUCAUUUCCUUUCUUUUCAUUUAUGUUUAAGUGGAACUUGAUUUGUAAUCGCGCGUUCCUGGGUGCAACGAUACAGUCCUGUUUCUUUGCUGGAAUGUUGGUAGGUUCACUUGUGACCGGGAUGAUUUCAGACGCUUGGGGCCGAAAGAAAUGUAUCUUCAUCUGCAAUGCAAUCAUGGUAAGAUGGCCGUAACCACGGCUUAGUCAUUAAUCAGCAAUGGGCUCCUGGCAAUGUUAAUUUUUACUUUUAUAUGAUCCAACGGGCAAAUCGGGUCUAUGAGAUCCUUUGAGGUGGAAAGUUUGAAUUUCACGCCUCUACUGGCGACUUAAACUGAAUCAUUUAUAUUUGUUUACCUUGAUUCAUUGUAAUUUUUCAGUUGAUUACCGGCUUUGCUUCAGCUUUUGUUCAUUCCAUUCCCUUAUUCGCGGUUCUUCGCUUCAUGGUUGGUUUUGGAUUGACUGGAGUGAUGCUCUCCCUUUACAUUUACGGAAUGGAAUUGGUUGGCCCGAAUAGUAGAACAGCUGCUGGAAAUAUUACGUACUUUUACUACAAUGGCUUUCAAAUGUUGUUUGUCCUCAUCGCUUAUCUUGAACGCGACUGGAGGAAUCUGAGUUUGAUAGCUAGUGUUCCGGCUGCUUUGCUAUUCCCAUUUUGGAAGUACGUACAUAAUAACAACGUGUUCCUUUUAUCUCUGUCUCUCUCGCUUGCUUCUUUGUUUGCUGACUGCCAGACAGGUUCGCCGACUCACCGACUCACCGACUCACAGGCUCACAGACUCACAGACUCACAGACUCACAGACUCACAGACUCACAGACUCACAGACUCACAGACUCACAGACUCACAGACUCACAGACUCACAGACUCACAGACUCACAGACUCACAGACUCACAGACUCACAGACUCACAGACUCAUGACUCGCCGACUCGCUGACUCGCCGACUCGCCGACUCGCCGACUCGCCGACUCGCCGACUCGCCGACUCGCCGACUCGCCGACUCGCUGACUCGCUGAAUCGCCGACUCAUUGGUUGGCUAACUGACUAAAUGACUCGUUCACUCACUCAAUGAGUGAUUGGCUAGCUCACUGACUGACCGAUCCACUGGCUCACUGACUAACUGACAAAUUGGCUGACUGAUUGGCCAGCUAAUUUGCUGACUGACGAUUUGAGUUACAGACUUAUUGACUGGCUGGCAGACUGACAGACUGACUCGCCAGCUGGCUAACUGACUGGCCUUCUGACUGACACUCCUAGAAUGAGACUGUUUUGUUGACUAACAUUCUAACCAAAAUCCACCAAUCUUUAGAGUGAUGGACUAACAAAAUCUGAUUUGCAAUUCCAUAGGCUUAUUCCAGAAUCCCCCCGAUGGCUUGUCGCUCACGACCAACUGGACGAGGCUAAAUCCAUCAUCGAGGCUUUUGGGAGCAAAGAUGAGAAACCUUUAGAUUCGGAGGUGAUAAGAUCUCUGUUGGAGGAAGUGAGAAGGGAACAGAUCGAGCGAGAAAAGACAGCUAAAAAGUAUAAUCCCAUCCACAUGUUUCUUACGCCAAAGCUUAGGAAAUGGACAGCAAUCAUCUGUUAUGAAUGGUAUGAUAAAAAAACAAACAAACAAACAAACAAAUAUGUAUAUUAUCGUGUGCAUGUGCUUUUUUUAAUCCGAUAAGGGUAACUAAAAGUUAGUCGUGAGGUACUUGUGCUUUCAUCCAAUACGUUGUUAUUGCUAUCACUUAAUUUAGAGAAGGUCAACAUAGUCGUUUUCUAAGGGACCGGUCUCUGUCCCCAGGGUCUCUCCUCCUAAGGAGAGGGUGUUGGAGGAUUUUGGUUGCGUCACGGUCAAAUUUACCAUAAGGAUCAAUCAUAUUCUUGUGGUUGCCCCACUUUAGAAGUUAAUUGGCAGUCAAUUCUCUAUAGUCCCCUAUUUCUACUCUGUUGUUAGCGCCGGAUGACUGAUACCCCCUCCAUUCUUCUUGAAAACCAAGAGCUACUCCAAAAAUCCUCCUCCCCCCUCCCCUCUCUGACGAAAAAAAGUGAAUGGUCCCUACAAAAAUGCAUCCCCGGUGUUAGGAACGGCCCUAAAAGAGUUUUUAUCUGUUGCUCACGCAGGUUUGUGGUAGCCUUGGUCAGUUUUGGGAUGUUCAUAUUCAUCUCCCAAUUGGUCGGUGACCUCUAUAUUAAUUACGUUGUCAUGGAGAUCCUCACAAUUGUCCGAAUACCUGUCACGUGGAUUCUAUAUUUGAAGUAAGCAUGGACGUUUUUUCUACAUCAAGUAUUGCGACUUUUUAAACUUCAAUCCUUUCCAUUUUCAGCUCCGCAGGAAAUAUUUUAUCUUAGAUUGCAGUAAGAUAAGUAACACAUUGAUUUAUCAAAUAAACGGUGUUUUCUUGAUUUAACAACAAAUUCUCAUUGAACAAAAUCGAAAAUUUGCAAGGAAAGAAAGGAAAAAAGGGGAUUUGAAUUUUGGACAUACCACCACCUUUGGGUGUUCAAGCGUUGUGCUGUUAGCUGUGGGUCAAAUGAAAAAAUGACUGGACGCCACAUCGUAUGGAAAAGUGUCGAUCAUAAUUACCUUUGGGCGGCUGUAUGUCAGGUUUCUGUUGCUGGGGAUUCUUAUUGUGAUUGUAUUAUACUCAGAUUUGGUCGCCGUAUUUGUCAUGGCAUUAUCAUGAUCCUCGUAGGCGCUAUCUUUCUCGUGGUUUUGCUGGUGCACAAAGGUAAGGUAAUACAUUAUAACAAACUUAAGCGUGUAGAGUAAUCUAACAUUGCAUUUGGGAUGCGUUACUUCGCAUCAAUCCCACUUUACCAUCUCAGUAAAUUGAACGCAACAACAAUGCUAAUCGGAUCAUGUUUUGCUGCACCUCGGGCAGUUUUCUGUUCUUUACUUUGAGUUCUAACUUGCUCUUUUACAAAUUUCUCUUUGGUUUUGAAUUACGACACUCGUCUCCAGGCUUUCACUCUUGCAUCCUUGACCGCGUGAUGUCUGGAAAGGAGUAUAGUAAAUGUGGACCUGAGUGCUAUUCUUUUAUGUUCAAGUAAAAGUCAUUUCUUUGGACUCGACAAUAUGUUAAAAAAAAACACAAAAACUUUCUCUUAAAAAAUUAGACCAUGAGGGCUGGUUAGCAUGCUUCGCUAUCUCGUUGAGUGUCUUUUGGUGACAUCAAAACAAGUUCCAGACUUGACCGAACCAGGGUCUCUUAAUGGUCAGCUGAGCGAAGCCUUUUGUAUCAAUAUCUUUCCAGAAUCUGACGUGGCAACAACGGUAUUGUCCCUCUUUGGAUACCUGUUGAUCGACUGCACUUGGACAAGUAUUUACUUGAUGACCUCUGAGUUGUUUCCAACCGUUCUCAGGUAAUCAUGGAGGGCAAAUUCAUUUGAACGUCUGCAUUUGAUGAGGCACUUGUUUUGUUUUCCGCUGCGCAGUGUAAUUGGUCUUGAAAACUCGUACAACAUACCUUUUUUUAUCUCAAUAGAAACACGGGUCAAGGUACAGGGUCAACUAGUGCACGGAUUGGUGGAAUCUUGGCGCCUUAUGUUGUUUUGAUGGUAAGAAACCGUCCGUUUUUUUCCAUGAAAUACAUACCCCUUACCAACCAAGUUCGAGGUGCAUUCUAUUAGUAACGGACCAAGUUAAUUUUCCCGCUCGGAUUUAUGACCCAUGUACGAAGUGCGCAUGCUAUAAAUCCAAGUCUAAAAAAAAAAGCAAGGUUCCAUAACUUACAAUUUGCGGACCUAGAAAACGAAGCCAGCGAGAUCUUCAUUAUAUCUCUGAGUUCAAAUAGAGGGGGGAAAUUUCGCUUGAAACAGAUUUUUUAAUUUAGCGUGUCUUAUGGUGAAAUCGACCAAUCAUAACGCACGUACUCACUUAGAGAUAUAAUUUAAAAAAAACCUUUUACACAACAAGCAUCAACGGCCCAAGAUGUCGCCACUCGGCUUAUCUUCAUCUUGCAAACAAGCUUCAAGAGCUGUGCGAUCUCAAACACUUUUGAAAUGAUUUUAUCGAUCUUCUCCCUCCAGAGUCAGCUUCCAGGCCUCAGCAUUGUCUUCCCAGUUGUGGUUUUUGGCGUGGUUGCAACGCUCGCUGGGAUUUUAAUGUAUUGGAUUCCAGAGACACUCUUUUCUCCUAUGCACCAAACCAUGGAAGAAGCUGAGGCGGCCGAAGACGAUUAUGGGAUACCUUACUGUGGGAAAAGGAUUGAGCUGCGCAGGCGCAAAAAGGCGAAUGAUGUAGAAGUAGUAUGGCUUUAAAGAGGCUAACGAGUAAAUAGUUGAGGCCUUGGGGGCAACUUUUCUGUUGCAGGGAGGUUUACUUUUAUACGUGCAAAUUCAGCAUUCAUUUAUAGUUUUUAUAAUUAGAUAUUUUUUGCUGGCUUAGAACAGCAGGAAUGUUAAUACAGGUUGUUUUAUGUGAAAUGAGAGCGAUUGGUAUCGUUUACCUCGUAAUUAGAGACCAGUCAUUACUCAUCGCCCGGGGGAUGAUAUUCUAGUGAUCCUCCCUCAUUGGCAGACAAUUUUCUAUAGGCACCCCCCCGUUUGUACCCUGCAAGUGACGAGUGAUCCCCCUCCGUUCCCCUUAAAAACCACGUGAUCCUCCCCAAACAUCCUCCCCCCUUCCCAGGUGAUAAAUAUUGACUGGUGCUUUAGGUACCUAAUUAUUAAUCUCGUAUCCAGAUCUUGCCGUAUAAUUGUUACUGCUUGGCCGUAUGAGACUACUCAAUUAUAAUAUAUCAAAUAUGGAAAAGGGAUAAGUAACAAAUAGGUUAUAUAUAUAGCUAUAAUAUAGAAUCACCCACGAAAGCAAAUAUUAAGGAGUUUGUAACUCAUGAUAAACGUAUAGUAGUGUGUUAAAUUCAGUAUUGUACCUUUAAUUUUUGCUUUGCUUUAGGAUUCAAUAUCUCGUUAUAAGAGCUGUUGGUAUAAUACCUGUAAGCUGAAUUUUAAAAACUAACUUUGUUUUACUCAAAACUAAAAGAAAACUGAAACGCUG